UAUUAAUUAUUAUAUUCCAAAUGGAUAAUCAGAAGUACAAGGUUACACUCAACAUGUAUGAUUUGUCUUAAGGAAUGGCCAGACAAUUUUCACCUAUGUUUUUAGGGAAAUAAAUUGAGGCUAUAUGGCACACUGGAAUUGUAGUGUAUGGAAAGGAAUAUUAUUUCGGUGGAGGCAUUUGUGCUUAGAAUCCUAAAACGACUAUAUACGGAUACCCAAUAGAGGAAAGAGAAUUGGGAGAAACAGAAAUCCCACAGAGUACAUUUGAAGAAUUCUUGAGAAACAUAAGUUCAAAUUAUACAAUGGAGAAAUAUGACCUAUUUAAAAACAAUUGCAAUAAUUUUACGAAUGAAUGUGCCGAAUUUUUAGUUGGAAAGGGUAUUCCUGAAAACAUUACAGGAUUGCCAUAAGAAUUUUUAAAUACUUAAUUAGGAUAAAUGAUGAAACCCAUAAUAGAGCAAAUCACCAAUAAACAGGCUUCGGAUUAGACUGAGCAUUUUAAUUAAGUCUACAAUUAAGACUUAGACGUACUUCAAAAUUUCCAAAAUAUAAAUCCCUAAAUAAUAAACUAGCCAUAGCCUUAGCCACAGAUUGUUCCCUAGAACUAAACAGUUUAGGCAGCCUAAUAACAACCACAAUAACAUUCUUCAACAGAUACUAAUGUUAUACCAAUCGAGGAUUUAGAGUCCUUUUUUUGUUUGAUAGAGAGCAGUCCUCAAUGUGUUAUAGACUUUUAUACAGAUUGGUGUGGACCAUGCAAGACUAUAAAACCAGUGUUUCAUAAGUUAUCUUUAGACUACCCGCAUAUCAAUUUCUACAAUGUGAAUAUUGAGAAGGCCAGAGAAUUAGCAGAUUCAUUACAAGUGACUAGCAUCCCAACCUUCAUUAUUUAUCAGAAUGGACAAUAGAAAUUUAGAUGGACAGGAGGAAACCAAAAUACAUUAAAAGAAUACAUAGAUAAAAUAAAAUGA